GUUUCCCUGUUCCUGUUCUUCGUCUCCUGGAUAAAUACUGCAGCAUCAAACUGACUGAAUAAAAAUAGUGCGUGGUCCCUUUAAAUAACCGAAUACCUUGUCCGCAUCCGGCUAAAAAUGACGCCUCGCAAAUCGUUUUUGGCUGUUUUAUAUGGAAUUUAAAUGGACCCAAAACUCACGCGCAUGGAAUCCGCGCGCGCACGCGCUAUGCAAACGCGCAUAAUGAUAACCACGCGCGGAAAGCUGCUCCGCGAGGGCGCAUUUAAACUCCGCGAGCGAGCAGAACAGUAUCCGCAAGCGGAAAAGAAUCCUCGCGCGGGCGCAUUUCUGCUCCGCGAGCAAAAACUCAGUCCGCGAGCAGAGGCUUUGACGAGCGCGCGCGCGAUUCUCUCUACGCGCUCGCAACUGCUCAUCACUCGCUCGAUCUUCAAGCUGACUUUUGAGACUUUGGGGGCGGGACAGGUGACUGAUGACUCCGCAUCUGUGAUUGGUUGUUUGGUUUGAUCGGUGACAUGAUUCUCUCGUUCAAUUCCAGUCACUAUAAGUUAGGUAGAGAAGACACUACACGUUUUGUGGGAUCAUCAUGUCAGAGCAGAUGAAACAUCACCUUUUGGAAAAUCUUUUGCAAAAGUUACAGCAGGCAUUCAGCGCAACAGCACUGGAUUUGGAUUACGUGGAGUUUCUUUGUCGUCAGGUGCUGUAUAUUCUGGAGGCCCUAUCUAAUCACAUACAAGUACCCCCUGUUAUCACCCAGGCUUUGCAAGAGCUCUUUGACCUUGUGAGGGCACAAGUGGAAUGUCCAGCCCCAUGUGUCAGAGUGGAAGUUGCUGGCACCACAGGACUUCCAAAAAUUUUGGUUGAGGAACAACGCCUGAAAGAAAUGCUCCAUGCUCACCUUCCUGUGCGCUGCAUAGCUACACUGAUGGGUGUUUCAAGGAACACAAUUUUCAGACGCAUGAAAGUAUAUGAGCUCUCUGUUAGGGACAUGUACAGUUCUAUCAGUGAUGAAGAACUGGACAUUUUGGUUGCUUCUGUCAAGAAUGAUUUACCAAAUGCAGGCUACAGGAUGGUCAGAGGAAGACUGGAGUCAUUGGGCCACAGGGUUCAGUGGAGAAGAGUUGCAGCCUCUAUGCAUAGAAUUGAUUCUAUGGGCAUCAUCUCAAGGUUGUCAAAUCUUGGCUGUGUUGUGCGCAGAGUGUACUCUGUACCAGGGCCCUUGUCUCUGGUACAUGUGGACACAAACCACAAGUUAAUAAGAUACAAUAUUGUGAUAUUUGGAGGAGUGGACGGUUUCUCCAGAAAGAUAUUGUACUUGAAUGCAGCCACAAAUAACCGUGCAGCAACGGCAUUUUCAUUCUUUCUGGAGGCAACUCAGUUGCAUGGUUUACCCUCAAGGGUAAGAGCUGACCAGGGAGUGGAGAACGUAGAUAUUGCUCGGUUUAUGUUCACUGUCCGUGGCAAUAAUCGGGGAAGCUUCAUCUCAGGAAAAAGCGUCCACAACCAAAGGAUAGAACGGUUAUGGCGGGAUGUGUGGAUCUCUGUAUCUUCAAAGUACUACAACCUUCUGCACUCUCUUGAGGAAGAUGGCCUCCUGGACAUUUCAUGUACAGAUGACUUAUUUUGUGUGCAUUAUGCAUUUCUUCCAAGAAUCAAAAGAGGCUUGGAGAUAUUUACUGAAGGCUGGAAUCACCAUCCACUUCGCACUGAGGGAAACCAGACUCCAACACAGAUCUGGGAGAUUGCACAGAUGCUGAACACUAAUGUACAUUCUGAGAACCUUGAGGACCUGCAAGAACCAGACAUUGACUGGGAGACUGCUGUAGACUUUGAGCGUCUUGACACAGAAAGUGGUAUUGUAGUGCCUGAAUAUGAAUGCCCUCUGACUGUGGAAAUGAUGAAUGAACUUCAGACUUUGGUUGAUCCAACUGACCCAAGCCUUACUGAUGAACAGCUAUACAUUGUCUGCUAUGAACACAUAAAACUACUGCGGACACAAAGCUAACCUCUGUAGCUCUAACAAUCCCAUCAGUGGACUGGACUCUGUUUUUUUAUUGCAUUUUAAUACUACAUCUUCAUCGAUCAUUACAUGUUCAGUAAAUGUAUCAAGAAAAUAAAGUACAUGAAACAUUUUAAAUUCUUUAGGAACAUGUGAGCACCGAAAUAAUGCUUUGGUAUAGCAUAAACUGCUCAACAAUAAAAACAUAUGAAUGCAUGCAACUUGUACUUAACACUGUGUUGGAAUUUUGCAAACAUCAAUUUUUAAACUUGAACAAUGACACAGCAGGUGAGCUGGAGCAUCCUUAAUAGCGUCCAAAUUCAUAGCCAUGGGUAAUGGCCUGUGAAACAACAUUCCUGAAUUCCUUAUAUGUACCCAGGUGUGCAACUGGGAAUGUGACGGAGCGGGAACAUGCGUUAACUACAGGGAAACAGAUACUGUGUGUACCAUAGCGUACACUGCAAUCAUGAUCGAAUUCCAUGACAAUUUUAAAAUGCUCACGGUCUGCAUGACUUAAUGGAAUAUGAGACUGUCCUGUCAGCCACUGGCAAAACUUGCCAACAUUAAUGAGCAUGUUGUUGGUAUGUCCAUCUGCCUUGUCUUCACUCUGUGUGUCCUCUUUUGGUAUGUUUUUGUUG